UCAUACGUCGCCAUUGGCGUGUGCUAGCAAGAGGACCGCGCAGUUAGUUUUCAGUCACAGCAUUUGUUUGAACACUUAUUUACGACUCAUUUGAUUGCAUUGUAGAAUUCAUCUACUUAAAAUUCAAUACUACCUGCCUCUGUGUCUUAGGUGACUUUUGAGUUGAUUAAAAAGACGCAAUCAUGCCGCCUGGCCCAGUUCAAAUCGUCCAGCCGGAGCUCAACAAGGUUGAUGCAGUUGAAGAAACACCAGCAACAAAACCUAUUGUUGGCAUUAUAUACCCACCACCUGAGGUCCGAAACAUUGUUGACAAAACAGCCAGCUUUGUUGCCAGGAAUGGGCCCGAAUUUGAAGCAAGAAUCCGUCAGAAUGAGAUCAACAAUCCCAAAUUCAAUUUCCUCAACCCGAAUGACCCAUACCAUGCUUAUUACCGACAUAAGGUUAAUGAGUUCAAGGAGGGUAAAGCCCUGGAACCAUCAGCAGCUGUGCCAAAGGUUAUGCAGCAGACCAUGCAACAAACCCAACAACUUCCUCAGAAAGUGCAGGUGAUCCAAGAAGCUAUCAUUCCUAAAGAGCCACCUCCUGAGUUUGAGUUCAUCGCCGAUCCUCCGUCAAUUGCUGCAUUCGAUCUGGAUGUCGUCAAGCUCACUGCGCAGUUUGUUGCCCGCAAUGGCCGUCAGUUCCUCACUCAGCUCAUGCAGAAGGAACAGAGGAACUACCAAUUUGAUUUUCUACGCCCGCAGCACAGCCUUUUCAACUACUUUACCAAAUUAGUUGAGCAGUAUACCAAGAUUUUAAUUCCUCCCAAAGGGCUGCUCGUAAAGCUGAAGAAAGAGGCUGAGAAUCCAAAAGAGGUUAUGGACCAGGUGAGGUACCGGGUCGAGUGGGCAAAGUACCAGGAGCGUGAAAGAAAGAAAGAAGAGGAGGAAAGGGAGAAGGAACGAGUAGCAUACGCUCAAAUCGACUGGCAUGACUUUGUUGUGGUGGAGACGGUGGAUUUCCAGCCCAACGAGCAAGGGCACUUCCCGCCACCCACGACCCCCGAGGAGCUCGGUGCCCGCAUCCUAAUCCAGGAGCGUUAUGAGAAGUAUGGCGAGAGCGAGGAAGUGGAAAUGGAGGUCGAAAGUGAUGAUGAGACUGAUGAACGGGAGGGACGCCCUACUAACCAGGCCCCGCAAACUGAUCAAGACACACAGGUCCAGGACAUGGAUGAGGGAUCUGAUGAUGAGGAUGAAGGCAUGAAAGCGCCAGUGCCUGCCAGCAACCCAAUGCCACCCCCACUGCCCCCAACUCCAGACCAAGUUAUUAUCCGUAAAGACUAUGAUCCAAAAGCUUCCAAAGCGCCGGUGCCAGUCGUUACUUCAGAUGAGUAUCUUAUCUCACCUAUUACUGGUGAGAAGAUCCCAGCCAGUAAAAUACCGGAGCACAUGCGUAUCGGUCUGCUGGAUCCACGGUGGCUGGAGCAAAGGGACCGCAGCAUCAGAGACAGGCAGACUGAAGAUGAGGUUUAUGCUCCUGGGAUGGACAUCGAUAGCAGCUUGAAGCAACUGGCGGAGAGGCGUACGGAUAUCUUUGGUGUGGAGGAGACAGCCAUUGGUAAGAAGAUUGGAGAAGAAGAAAUCCAGAAGCCAGAGGAAAAGGUCACCUGGGAUGGCCACUCUGGAAGCAUGGCACGCACCCAGCAAGCAGCACAAGCCAACAUCACCCUCCAAGAGCAGAUUGAAGCCAUUCACAAGGCCAAAGGGCUGGUGGGAGAGGAUGACAAUAAAGAGAAGAUUGGGCCAAGCAAACCCAGUGACACACACCACAUGCCUCCCAUGCUAUCAUCUGCACCCAUUUUGCCUAAACCGAGCCCUCCGGUCACCGGAGUGCCUCGUCCCCCCACUUCUUUGGGCCCUCCGGUGCGCACCACGCUUCUGUCGGCUGUGCCUGUGAUUCCAAGGCCGCCCGUGGCUCCCGUUGUGCGCCUGGGUCCAGGACAAGUUUUAACGUCAAUGCCGCCUAUGAUUCCCGGUCCUCGCAUUAACGUGGUUCCCAUGCCGCCGUCGGCAUCUCACAUGAUGGCGCCGAGACCACCUCCUAUGGUCGUUCCAGCUACAUUUGUUCCUGCUCCUCCUGUACCACAACCGCCGAGUGUUGUUCCUGCGCCGCCAUCCCAUCCUCUGGCGCCUCAUGACGAUGAGCCAAUGAACAAGAAGAUGAAGACAGAAGACAACCUUAUUCCAGAGGAUGAGUUUAUUCGCAGAAAUAAGGGUCCCGUGGCAGUCAAAGUGCAGGUCCCCAGCAUGCAGGACAAGACAGAAUGGAAGCUCAAUGGCCAAGUGCUCAAUUUCACUGUCCCACUCACGGACCAGGUCUCUGUUAUUAAAGUCAAAAUCCAUGAAGCCACAGGCAUGCCGGCAGGAAAGCAGAAGUUACAAUAUGAGGGCAUUUUCAUUAAAGACUCCAACUCUCUGGCUUAUUACAACAUGAGCACUGGUUCGGUCAUUCAUUUGGGAUUGAAGGAGAGAGGUGGAAGAAAGAAGUGAGCCUCCAGAAAGACGCACGAGAUGUUUGCAUCCCAUUUUCAAGUUGGAUAUGUUUUACCUUAUUGUAUCACAAUUUAAUUUUGUCAUUUCCAUUGCAAUUGUAUUCAGUACUGUGCAUACUGUAGCUUGUUUAACUAAAUGUAAUGUUAUCGUAACUCAUUCAAAGUGUAUGUUCUUGUAAACCGUUGACUGGAUUGUUCUGGAAUGAUGGUGCAUUUUCACUUAAUAAAAACCAAAAGA